AUGGGCAUUCCACUUGUAUGGGAACCUACUGCUUCGCGCGCCGAGCAGAAUUCCAAACCGGACUCUUCAGCUAUCGCUCGCUCGUCUAUCAGACGACAGAACGCGAUCCGUCGACCCCGACGCAACUAUGGUACCGUUGAGAGCCGCGCGCGUAAUGGUCGUGGCUCCUCUACCCGAUGGUAUCGAGCAGAAGCGAUUGGAGCAUUUGCGCGUCAAGCAGACCGUGAGCUCGGCUCUCGCGACCUGCGUGGCCUCAGAGUUAAUACCUCGCCGACAGAAGACCCGGCGGCUCAAAACCUCAUACCCCCUAUUGCCAGGACUCAGCUGAGGCCGCAACUUUCCGAGGACCACUCCUCUUCGUCCUCUUUGGGCCGCCGGAUGCAAAUAUCGAGAGACCCGUACCUGAUGAUUGAAAUGCCAGUGCCGCUCGAUUCAUACUCCUCCUUUCCACCCACCGCUCCUCCGGUUCCGAGCGUGAGGCAUGCUGCAACUGCAACCGGGCAUAUCGCUUUCACUCCUCGGUUUGCGCCCGCACAUCCCACCGGCGAAUUGUCUGCCCGCUCAAAUACAGGAUCUCCAUCCACCACGCUUGAUAUACCGGGUUCAAAUAAUGUACCGUCGUUUCGUGGUCUUGGUCCUCGAGUCGUCCGCCGUGUAACCGAUCGACGAUCUGGGCGACGUCAGGAAGUUGAUGGCCUCGGCGAUCGAGAGCGUAGUCCCGCUCCUGAUGAGGAUGAAAUGCACGAUUCAUGGGAAACGCUCCUGACCACGAUUACCCCAGACGACCAACUCCCAAGUCUCGACUCCUCGUUUGCCUCUGCGACAGCGAGUGCAUCCUCAGCACUAUCUAGGAGCUCGGGACUAUCCAACUCUGUUACUUCGUUACACACGCCAAUGUCAUCCAUUCUCUCAGAUACCCUAGAGACGUUUGACUUUGAUCGGGAAUUUCCAGACGGGCUCCCAGACGGGCUCCCAAAUUGCGAAUUUUCCAGCUCCGACUCGGAUUCUGAUACAGAACCUGAAUCGGAACUUGAUACGUCGCCAGCCAGGCUGGCUGCGGGCAGCGCAGAAGAAGAAGAGUCCGAUCAAAGUGACAGCAGCUAUGAUCCGGCACAAAUCGCUUCGGAUAUCGUGUCCUCCAGUUCAAGGCUAGAACAGGCGCAGAUGAUCAUCGAACUAUUAGCUAUGCGGUCCGACAUUCCAGACGAAUGGUGGGCUACGGCAGGCCUGUCGCGAACCCUUCGCCGUGAACUCGGAAUUACGAAUACGGAAACCCAAAACAGCUAA